AUGUCUGUACGGAAUCGAGACGGGGUUCUGGUUGAACUCCCAGGGGAAACGGUGGAUGCCCAAACUGAACGCUCAGGGAACCCGAUCAUUGCCGAUGGGUUCCAGCUCGACCUCGAGCAAUUGUCUGAAGACCUGAAUCACGCGUUCUCGAUCUUCAUGCGAGAGCGGAAGAUCGAACGCGUUGAUCACCGGAUGUUCGAGGUGGAUGACAAUAACGUGCUGCGAUUCAUGCAAAGCAGUCAUCUUGCCAUCAAACGCGUGCUCGAGCUGAAGGACACCUGGCCGAGCUUCGAGGAUCCGUACAUCGUCCAACAACUCGAGAACCUGUGUCUCACGUGGGCCUGGGUCAGGAAUAGCCUCCUGCAAGUGCGUAGCAAAGCCAUCAUGAAACAGGUUGAUCCUCCCAGUGGUCAGAACCACCCGUACGAUUGGGCCCGCGCCAAGGACAUUAUUGAGUUGCUAUCCGCGGUAACCGGCGAAGUCGCCCAAAAGGCCAUGGAAGCCAUGAUCCGGGAUACUUUGGGCGCCACCGCGGUGGAAACGCUCCGCGUGGAGAAGAAGCCGCUUCCCCGCCGCAAGGGGGAGACGGAGUGCUGUAUCUGCUUUGGUAAGCUCGCUAAGGGAAGGAACAUCACUUGGUGUAAGACCGAGUGCGGACACACAUUUCAUGCCACUUGUAUCAUGAAGUGGCAUGAUGAAUUGGACCUCCUGUAUAAGAUGCCCGAGUGCCCUUAUUGCCGUGCGCUCUGGCCGCAUAUCGUACCGAAUCCAAGGAUCCAAAUGGAUCCUUGGGAAAGGUAA